CAAGGUCUUUUACUUACUUACAAGUUUGGGACCAAACUAUAGACAAUUUGUCACGUCUAUGAUGAGGCCACCACGCCCGACUUAUGCAGAACUCGUCUCACAAUUACAAUGCCACGAUCAGUGGAAUGCGCUGGUACCUGAAAACAAUGUAAGUACUCUAGAUCCAUUAAAUGGCUCAAAUGCAUCUUAUGCUUUUAUUGGACAGAAACAACAAGGCAAACAUUUUGGAGGACAAACACGUGGAGAAAAAAAUUUGUCCUCACCAUUCACAAGCAAUGGCCGUGGCUUCCAAGCCCAAGGAGGACAACAUGGAAAUCAUACUUCACAUAUCAACAAUGGAUCCCGUAGACCAGCUCCUCCAGGAUGUCGACGUAUGACUCCCAAUGAAAGAGAAAUGUACCUGAAUGAGGUAUGUACUCACUGCAAAGGAGUGGGUCACAUUGCCAAAAUCUGCUGGUGGCUCCAACGCGCAAAACAACAACAGCCAGAGGAAAUUCCGCAUGCACUUGCUGCACUCACGCUUGACAACACCAUUUCAGAAACAGAAUGGACAGCUGACACAGGUGCAUCAAACCACAUGACAGGAACGAGAAACAGGACAACAGGUGAUUACAGGAGCACGCAAGGGUGACUUGUAUGUUUUGCACAACCCGCCGGAGGCUCAUUUUUCG